AUGCUGGGUCUCAUCCCCGUGGAGUCUGAUUCACCAGACAUUUUUAUUCAUUCAACAAGUAGGUAUUGAGUGCUUAAUCUGUCCGCGUGCUGGGGAUUCAGCAACUGACGAAAGAGACCAAAAUCCCUGCCCCCCACGGAACUGACACUCUAGUAGGGCGAGAUCUGGGGAUCGGCUUAAAAAUCAGCAUUUCUCGAGCAUCUUCAGUUGCACCCUCCUGGGGACAUGGGGCGCCGCAAGUCAAAACGGAAGCCGCCCCCCAAGAAGAAGAUGACGGGCACCCUGGAGACGCAGUUCACCUGCCCCUUCUGUAACCACGAGAAGUCUUGUGACGUGAAAAUGGACCGAGCCCGCAACACCGGAGUCAUCUCCUGUACCGUGUGCCUUGAGGAAUUCCAGACGCCCAUCACCUAUCUGUCAGAACCGGUGGACGUGUACAGCGAUUGGAUAGACGCCUGCGAGGCGGCCAAUCAGUAGCAACACAGAGGACCCACCCCCUUGUCGGCCCCACCCACCAAGGAGCUGCGACCCACCCGCUGGGCACCAAGCCAGAGACAUUCCAGGGCUCCAGGGUGUGGGUCCGGGGCUGUGCCGCCCCCGUGUGUGAGUGUGUGUGAGUGUGUGAGCGUGGGGGGGAGAGCUUGCCGGCCCGAGGGCCCGGUGUGGAACCAGUUUCCUGACGCCCCUGCCCUGGGCAAGAGGCCCAGCUCCUCACCAGCACCUUGCCCGCUUUAACUGGGCUUGCCGCCCUCCUUCCCUGCCUUCCGGUGUCUGUGGCCUGGGAGUGGAAGCUGCAGACCCCCAGGCCUCUUGGCUGGGCCCUGGCGGGGGGGUGGGCGACGCACCCGUGUUAACUGGAGGCCUCGCUUCCCGUGGUGUUACUUUGGUCGAGAGGGCAGACGUUUGCUCUGUGUCCCUCCACGUCACCCGGGACAGCUGACAGUCACAAGCCCUUAAAUAAAGCGGCCGAUGCAGA